AUGGACUCCAGAGACGUGUCCGACGCCUCCGACUACACUGCCUUCUUGGAGCGGAUUCAAGAGGCGGCCGAGCGAGCCAGCCGAAGAGAGGGCGAGCUGGUGCGAGACCAUCCCUCCCCCGAGCAACUCAUCUCGGACUUCAUGGUCCCUCCUCCCUACACCCCCUGCGUCCGCUCCGCCAGCGAGCUCCGGCCCAUGAUGGUGUCCGGCAUGAGGCUCGAGAUGCAUCACCGCGGCACCAAGACGCUGCUUCGCGUCCGCACGCCCCCGUCGCGCAUGACGGCCGUCAUGGCCAUUGUCGAGGACGAGCAGGGCACCGCCGUGCUGCUGCAGCUGUACUGCCAGCCAGACGAGGCCGUGGUGCCGGCCAAGGAGAUUGUGCGGCCCGAUAGCGUCUGCAUCGUCAAGGAGGCCUUCCUCAAGACGGCCAGCGACGGCACGUACUCGCUGAGGGUCGACCAUAUUAGCGACAUCAUCUGGCUCGACGACGCUGACGACCGUGUCCCGCUCAAGUGGAGGAAGCCGGCGUUGACCAUGAGCAGCAUGAGCAACAACAUUCGCAUGCAGGGCAACUCUGCCGUGGCCAGACAAAACUGGGCCGAGGCACAGCGCCUGUACUCGUCCGCCAUCAAGGCGGCAGACAGGCACGAGGAGGCCCAGCUCGCCUACCUCAACCGCUCGCUGGCAAACCUCAAGCUCGGCCGUCCCAAGAAAGCCAUCCAAGACGCGACCCAAGGCGGCGACGCAGCGUCCCCCUCGGAGAAGCAACUCUUCCGCGAGGCCCGCGCGCUCUACGAGCUCGGCGACUGGCAGCCGUCUCUGCUGAAGCUGCAGGCCCUCGCGGCGUCGCACCCGGACAACGCGGCCGUGAAGCCCGAGCUGGACCGCGUCAUGGCACGGCUGCGCGAGCAGCAGACGGGCGAGUACGACUUCCGCCGCAUGUACAGGCAGACCAGGUCGACGCCGCCGCUCAUCGACUGCGCUACCUUUUCCGCGCUGGUCGAGGCGUUUGCGUAUAGCUACGUCGCUGACGGAGACGUCCACAGCGUGCUGAUGAACAUGAGCACCAAGAGGAUGCUGGUGGGCGGCCAGGCUCAGCUCCUGACGCAGAUUGUGCAGAAGCUCUAUCACAAUGGCCAGCUGGGUCAUUCGUUUGCCGACUUGCACCGCGGCGACUACGCCAUGGCUCCCGUCUCGGAGGCUGAUGGGCUUCCGGUGGUUGAUUCGUUCCUGAUUGAGAAAAUCUUGUCCCUCAACUCCUUCGGCGCUCCGCGAACUAACCUCAGCUGGUACACAGACCUCAUGUCGAUGGGCUACAAGGCCAUCAAGGACGACACGCCGCCCGGCCACGCGACGUGCGGCGUCUGGAUGCUGGCGUCGCGCAUCAACCACUCGUGCACCAGCAACUGCCGCCGCUCCUUCAUCGGCGACAUGCAGAUCCUCCGCGCGACGAGGGACCUCGAGGCCGGCGCCGAGCUGCUCUUCAGCUACGCGCCGCCCGUGCCCAUGGACUCGUACGACCAGGCCCAGCGGCGCUUCGGCCACUGGGGCUUCGCGUGCGGCUGCGAGCUGUGCACGCUCCGGAAGGCGACGCCCGGCGCGGCCCUCGCGCAGCGCAAGCUGUGGAACGAGCAUCUCAAGGUCGCUCUCCGGGGCAUCGCGAGCACCAGGGAGGUCAGCGCCCGGCGACUGAUUGGGCGGCUCGAGGAAACGUACGCGGCGACGGCGACCAGCGCCCUCCGGAUGGAGCUCUGGGACCCGUACCUUGCGCUGGGCGCCUACAUGCUCGCCCGGAACACGCCGGCCGCGUCCAUCAAGGCAACCGUCAGGGGCCUCGAGGUGCUGGGCUUCACCAUGGUCGCGAGCCCGCCGCUGCAGGACGCGAAGCCGCCGCGGCUCGAGGUGACGCACUGGGGCAUUGUCAACGAGUACACGCCCUGGGCCUUCUUCAACAUGUACAAGGCCUACAAGGUGGUCGCCCCCGAGCUGUGCGCGGCUGCCAGGCAGCUGGUCGAGACUGCGUAUAGCAUGGUUGUGGGCGAGAAGGAGACGGUGCGCGACGUCUUUCCGGGGCUCGUCUGA